CCGCGCGCCCUCCCUCCCUCCCUCCCUCCUUUCCCCGGCGGCGGCUGUGGUGUUGCGCCGCUGUUCGGCGAUGUGAGGCUGCUUCGCCAGCGCGGCUGCUCCCAUCCCCCCUCCGGCCCAGCACACAGGACCGGGGCUGCGCGCCGCGGCUCCUCCGGACUCGGAGCACGUUUCAAGAUGGCAGAAUUGUUCAUGGAAUGUGAGGAAGAGGAGCUAGAACCAUGGCAAAAGAGAGUGAAAGAAGUGGAGGAGGAUGAUGAUGAUGAUGAGCCAAUCUUCGUUGGGGAAAUCUCAAGCUCCAAGCCAGCUAGUACAUGUAAGACAACAUUUUCCGAGAUUUUUUUCAUCAAGUUCUGUAGUUUUCUCCGACUGCAGGUAGUACAGGGAAUGAGUGUAGGUGGUUGUGGUGACGGCAGAUGUGUAAGGAUUCAGUGUUUGUCCUGUGCUUGGUCUUUGGCAGAUAUAUUGAACAGAGUCACCUUCAGCUCAUCACGCAGAAGGCAGAUACAGAAUGGUGCACCCAGUAGAGGUACAGUUACUUCAUUCAAGUCUGACAGUCACCAUUAUGCAACACCUGCCUCCAGUCCCAGUGCCAUGCCUGUUUCCUCAGUGUUUCAGUCUGUGUCCAGAUCUACAGCCAGCUCUGUAGCAGUUCAGCCAUUGUCUAGACCAGUGAAUGUUUCAGGAGCUUCACAGACACUACAGAGACCAGUUGCUGGAUGUUUAUCAACACAGCAGAUGACCCGGUCAAGUUCUGGACUAUCACAGCCUGUUAGCAGACCAGUCACAACACAGCCAGUAUCAAGAAGUAUCUCAGUUCCUCUAGUGGCUCAACCUGCAUCCAGGCCAUUGACUACUGUAACAACACAGCCUGUCAUACUCAAUCAGGAUUAUAUUAUGGAUUCUCCACCAGAUGCACCAGAUAAUACAUCUGGUAUUCUGUUUGGUGUGAGACAGAACUCGGGAGUUCCACAGUACCAGACUGAGCCAACAGUGAGUGUAACAGAUACAAAUACUGCAUCAAGCAACAUUAAGAAUGGAGGGCCAUUUCCACGAGCUUGUCCGAAGUGCAAUAUUCAUUUCAAUCUUAUGGAUCCUCUAAAAAAUCAUAUGAAGUAUUGUUGCCCAGAUCUGGUUAAUGACUUUUUUCUGGGAGUCGUCCAAACAGAAUGUUCUACUACAUCAAGCAAGACUACUGAAUAUGAGAAAGGAAAAUUGAUUAUGUUAGUUAACGAUUUCUAUUAUGGGAAACAUGAAGGUGAUACCCAACAGGUACAACAGGAGCAGAAGACUCAUACAACAUUUAAGUGCUUCAGCUGUCUGAAAGUUCUUAAAAAUAAUAUAAGGUUUAUGAACCACAUGAAACAUCAUCUAGAACUUGAGAAGCAGAGCAGUGAAAGCUGGGAAAGUCACACCACCUGCCAGCACUGUUACCGUCAGUUUCCCACCCCAUUCCAGCUGCAGUGCCACAUUGAAAGUACACACACACCUUAUGAGUCUUCUACUAUUUGUAAAAUCUGUGAGUUAUCCUUUGAAACAGAACAGGUUCUUCUGCAACAUAUGAAGGACAAUCAUAAGCCAGGUGAAAUGCCGUAUGUUUGCCAGGUAUGCAACUACAGAUCCUCAGCUUUUUCAGAUGUAGAAACGCAUUUCAGAACAGUUCAUGAAAACACAAAACAUCUGCUAUGUCCAUUUUGUCUCAAAGUAAUUAAAAUUGGAACACCGUAUAUGCAUCAUUACAUGAAGCAUCAGAAAAAAGGAAUAUACCGUUGCACUAAGUGUAGACUGCAGUUUUUGACUUGCAAAGAAAAAAUGGAUCACAAGACUCAGCAUCACAGAACGUUUAGAAAGCCUAAACAGUUGGAAGGAUUGCCUCCUGGAACAAAGGUUACUAUUCGAGCAUCUUCUUGAUCUCUUCAGUCAGGAUCGUCAGUUAGCACAAGCACGUCCACAUUUCAGUUAUCUCCUAAAGCAAAGAACACAGCUGCUAGAAAUCAUAGCAGAUCUAAUUCAAAUAAGUCGAAAGGACGAUCAAAACCAACAUAUCAAACACUGACAAGAAGCCAAAAUACUUUUCCAUAUUACGUUAGGUGUCGUUUGGGAGCUCACAAAUGCAUUGAGUGUUACUCAGAAAUAAAAGAUUUUGCAAGCCACUUUCCUGCGUAUGUCCAUUGUAGCUUAUGCAGAUACAAUACUAGCUGUAGCAAAGCUUAUGUGAAUCACAUGAUGAGUUUUCACAGUGCUCGUCCAAGUAAAAGAUUUUGGAUAUACAAGAAGCAUUCGGAAGAGCUACGAGGUGUGACUGUAGUAUGUCUUAACUGUGAUUUUCUGACUGAUGGUUCUGGCUUAGAUAGAAUGGCCACACAUCUGAGUGAAAGCCAUGCUCAUGCUUGUCAAGUUAUUAUAGAGAAUGUUUCUGUAGAUUUACCAACUGCUGAACAAGUAUCUGAGUUAAAGACUGAAAUCUCCAUUAGAGAGAAAGAAGCUAAGUUGGAGAAAAUUUCAAGACCUAGUUUAUCUGAAGGAAAAACAGAAACACCAACAUAUGAAAGCAAACAGGAGCUUGAUUCUUCAGAGGAAACAAAAGAAUGCAGUAGAAACCAAAAUGAAGUUGCAUCGGUUGAAAAGAAUGAAGAGAACUCAUCACUGUCAGCUACAGAGAAUGUUCCCAAUUUGGAACUCCAUGAUAACAGCACGAAGAAAUCCUUGCAUGAGAAAGGAACGUGUUGUGAUUCAGAUCAUAACAAACAAUUAGUAGGCGAGAAACAGAAAUGUAUUCAUGGAGAAAGUGAGUUGAAAACUUGCCAAAGUUCAGAUGAUGACGUCUUGACUGAUCAGACUAAAGUGAAAAACUUGGAUAAAACUACACUUUCAGCAUUGAAUGCAAAGGACUUAAAGCUAACUUUGGGUGAAGAUGUUAGUUUUGAGCAGUUCUUGAGAAAAAGAAAUGAACCUGAAUCAGUUAGUUCAGACAUGAGUGAACAAGGCAGUAUUCAUUUGGAGCCUUUGACUCCAUCAGAGGUACUAGAGCAUGAAGCAACUGAAAUUCUUCAGAAAGGUAAUGUUGCACCUUCAUCAAAGCAAGCUGAACAGCUCUCUGAACAAACAGACAAGACUUCUCAAGAAGGCAGUCCCAACAGAAUGGAAACAACUGUAAACAAAACAGAUGAAAAUGAAGCAAGCUGAAAUUAUGUUCAUUUCCUUGUGUAUUAUAUAUCAUGAUAGGAACACCAUGGACCAUUUCUGACGAGUGUGCUUAUUGAUGCUAGUAAUUUGGGGGGUUUUUGAAAGGGAAAUUAGGCAUAUGGAGAUGAUGUAUAUGUGUGCACAACUGAAUCAAGUAAAUUUAGAAAUGGGUAAUGUGUUUUUAAGUUCAUCUACCUGUUUUUUCUCUCAUAUCUCAAAUAUCUCAAUAAACUGACAGUUGAAAGGAGGAACGUAAUCUAUUUUUUGUAUCUGGAAUAAGAUUAUUUGCUAGCCAAGAGAAGAUUUUUAAAACUCUUCUAAAGAAGCAGUGUAACUUAGUAUAAAUUCAGUUCUAAUGCUGCAAUGAAGCACACUUGUAGCAAUGGUUGUUGGUCUGCUGAUAGCUGGGUAAACACAAGCUUUGGAUUUGGUAUCACAUUCCUGUCUGUAUAAGCAUGUAAACAAUUAUAUGAAUCUAUGCACCUCUGUACAGGUGUAAUCCUGCCAGACUGUAGACUUACCUUUAAACUUUCAGUGAAAGUGGAAAUAUUACAAUAAAAAAUAUAUAUAUUUGUGGGGUUUUCAGUAUGCAGACUGUGCAGAAAUACCGGACAAAAUUGUAAAAAGUAGAACAUACUGCUAAAAGUACCGUAGUUUUUAGGCUUUUACCAUUAUUUUAAAUAUUCUUAGUGGUAGACCCAUAGGAAUGGUCUGUAAGGCAAACCAAAGUAUGGUUUAAUGUAAAAAUUGUUUUAAGCAAGAAGAAGGAAGACCCCAAACUGGAAGUACCAGCUGGCAUGCAUUCUGCCAUUUUGCAGCUGCUACUUGCUAACUCUUAGAAAAAAAGGACACGUGAGCAUAUAAUGUGGGAAUGUACAGUUCAAUUUCACGACUUUUUGUAGUCUAAGUUAUAUUCAGAAAGAUAGCUGCUGUUUUUUUUUGUUUUUUUAUAGUUAGCAGUUAGGUGUAAAAAUGAUUAUGACAGUAGCUUGCUCUUACAACUUCCUUGCUCCAUUUGAAACAUUCAGAAUGUGCUUUUGACCUAGUUUUGUUUUUAAUGUGUUAAAUGUUUUGAACAGCUGUUAAAGCACUGCUGUAAAUUAUUACUUUUUUGAGUAAAUAUUUGCAACAAAAUUUUGUCUUUGUGAAUAAUUUCACUGCUCAGCUUGAAACUUUGGGCAUAAUAUUCCCACCUUUUUAUAAAAGAUUUGGUAGCAGUUUGCAGGAACAAUUUCAUUUCAAAGUUUUCAUUUUAAAUUUGUGAGUUUGAUGCUGAAGUGAUUUUUUUCUUUUUUGUUUUUAAGAAUUAAAUGAGCAAGUGCCUAUGCAUAAGAAUAUUUUUCUAGCUGUGUAUUGUGCUUAGAUACGCUAACUUUUCCGGAUUACGUAGAGAUAUUUUUCUGGACCAUCAGCAUGCAGUUGAAGUUCACUCUGCCCUUCUAGGUUGACUAGACUUGGCUUCUAAAUGAGUCUAAUCAGCAACAGCAUUAACAUCUAGAGACCAUCUUGCUUGUUGAAGCCUCUAAAUAAACCACAUCUCAAAAAUUGCUUAGAACUCUGAAGAGUCACAUGAAUUAAAUUUUAAAUUGCUCCUUAAUUUUCAUCCGUGCAGAUGUAGAAGCCUUUUUAAAAGAAAAGUGGAAUGACUUACAAAGUCACAGCUGUCUGAGCUCUUCUGCUUUAAUGAAUUCCAAAUAAAAUAAAAUAAAAACAGACAAAAAAGCUGAGAAAGUAAGUUGCAAUAUUCUUCUGUCCUUUUAAAGGUUGUACUGAAAUUGUUAUUUUGAGGUGUUAUUAACAAGUAUUUUGUCUUCAUGCAUGUAGACAUGAGGGAAUAUAAAAUAACAGCAUCCUAAGAAGGGCAGUUCAGAGGAGUAAACCAGCUAUAGAACUUCUUGUGUAUGUUACUGAAGCAGCUCAAAAGUGCAUAUAAACCAAGAGAAACCUGUGAUAUUUUUAAUCUGAAAAUUGAUUUUACAUGCCAAUUAAAUAUUUUGAAAAAUUCUUA